AUGCCUCACGGGCUCACCGUUCUCACGGCCACAAUGACUGGGGGGGCUGUAGGGGGCUCUACUGCAGCAGGAACAGCUUGCUGCGGCGGCUGGUGCCCCUGGUGCCCCACGGCGACAGCAGCAGCAGGCGCGCCCGCAGCAGCAGCAGCUGCGCCGGCAACAGCAGGCACUGCAGCAGCUGCUGCUGCUCCUGCUGCAGCAGCACCCGCUGCUGCGGGAGCCGGCGCUGGCCUGGGGGCAGCAGGAGGAGCAGCAACAGUCCCAGGUGCUGCAGCAACUCCCCUGGUCUCGGGCUUUGGCACUGUAGCAGCAGGCAGCGGCGGCUCAACUGCAGCAGCAGCAGGAGCCCCGCUGCUGCAGCAGGCUAUGGGCGUCGUCAGCGGUUUGCUGCUGCUGCCCCGCAAGACCUCUUCUUUGCUAGCCAAAAUGCGGAAGGAGCAGCAGCAGCAGCAGCAGCAGGAAUCAGCGGGCGAGGACACCGAGGAGGAGACAGUGGCCAGCGACGCCGAGAUCCCUUCAAAAGCAGCAGCAGCAGCAGCAGCAGCAGCAGCAGCAGCAGCAGCAAGCUUCCCCGACCAAAGGACUGUCCGCAAAAUGAGCAGAGAAGCCCCAGAAGAUGCGCAGCUAGCUGACGUUUCGGCUAGAAGCACAAAAGCAUACAACCGGUUUCUCUAG